AUAAAACCCCCAAUCCUCAUCAUAAUCAUAACAACUAUUAUAUCAGGAACAAUAAUUGUCCUAACAAGCUCCCACUGACUGAUAAUCUGGAUCGGAUUCGAAAUAAACAUACUAGCAAUUAUUCCAAUCCUGAUAAAAAAUUUUAGCCCCCGAGCCACGGAAGCAUCCACAAAAUAUUUCCUAGUCCAAGCCACCGCAUCCAUGCUAUUAAUAUUAGGCAUUAUUAUCAACCUAAUAUCCUCAGGACAAUGAACAAUCCUAAAACUCCCAAACCCAAUAGCAUCGAAUCUCCUAACUAUCGCCCUAGCAAUAAAACUUGGAAUAUCCCCAUUUCACUUCUGAGUACCUGAAGUAACACAAGGAACCCCACUACCCUCAGGCAUAAUUCUAUUAACGUGGCAAAAAAUUGCACCCCUAUCCAUUCUCUAUCAAAUUGCACCAUCAAUUAACCCCAACCUGCUCACCAUUAUAGCAAUUGCAUCACUACUAGUAGGAGGAUGAGGAGGACUAAACCAAACCCAGCUCCGAAAAAUUAUAGCCUACUCAUCAAUCGCCCAUAUAGGAUGAACUACCAUUAUCAUAAUAUAUAAUCCCACCCUAAUACUCCUAAACCUAACAAUCUAUAUUACCAUGACACUCGGAACAUUCAUACUAUUUAUUUAUAAUUCAUCUACUACAACACUAUCACUAUCCCACACAUGAAACAAACUACCCCUGAUAACAUCCCUAAUCUUAAUUCUCAUAUUAUCACUCGGAGGUCUCCCCCCACUAUCAGGCUUCGUACCAAAAUGAUUGAUCAUACAGGAACUAACAAAAAACGACAUAAUUAUUUUACCAACAUUUAUAGCCAUCACAGCACUACUAAACCUAUACUUCUACAUACGAUUAUCCUACACCACAGCACUAACACUGUUCCCCUCAACAAAUAAUAUAAAAAUAAAAUGACAAUUUGAAAGCACAAAAAAGAUGAUCCUACUACCCCCACUAAUUAUUAUCUCAACAAUAUUGCUCCCCAUAACACCAAUAAUAUCUAUUCUAGACU